AUGUCCGGUCUGAGGUAUAACUCUCAUAUUAUGGGAAUUCAAGGGCAGAGUCCUGCUGAAGUACUCCGUCAGCAACAGCAAAAUCAACAAAUGGCUCAACAAGCAGCACUUCAACAUAGUGGAGUUGGCACACAGCAAAAUCAGUUAGGCGAAGCAUCAGCUUCAUCAGGUUUACAAGGUGUACCUCUUUCGAUGAUGAUGUCUCCACAAUUUCAAGGUAGGGGAAAUAUAAACGUAGGUAUGCAAGGCUCAGCGCAACAGACACCGCAGCAACAACAACAGCUGUUUCAGCAGGUGCAGCAGCAGCAGAUAGCCGCUAUUUCAGCUCAAAGACUUGCACAACAACAACAACAGCAGCAGCAACAACAAGCACAAGCGCAAAAACCCAAUUACAUGAUUUCGCCCAUAGCGUUACAGCAACAGCAAAUUCGCACACCUCUUCGUUCACAGGCAGAGCCUCAGCUGCAACUUCGGCAACUUCAGUUACAACAGCUUAAGCUUAGGCAACAACAGCAACAGCAGCCCCAACAACAGCAAGAAUUUUUAAUUCAAAAUUCAAUGCAGAAACAACAUGAUACAUCGGUGUCACCUCUUACAGCACAAAGCUCUGAUACAAGAGUCAGGCAAGUUUGGAGCGACAACUUGGAGAGUGAAAUGGCAUUGAUUAGGGAACUAGCCGGCGUGUACAACAAUAUAUGUGUUUCGACAGAGUUUGCUGGUAUUGUUGCACGUCCAAUGGGAACAUUUCGUUCCACGAAGGAUUACCACUAUCAAACUAUGAGGUCCAAUGCCGACUUAUUGAACUUAAUUCAGGUUGGUAUUACAUUAAGUGAUAAAGACGGCCAUAUUCCUGUUUCUGCUCCUUCUACUUGGCAGUUUAAUUUUAAGUUUGAUCUCAAUAAAGAAAUGUUCAGUAAAGAGUCGGUGGAUACGUUAAUGACAUCCGGUGUUGACUUUGCAAAAUUAAGCAUGAAUGGAAUUAUAGCGGAUGACUUUGCACAAUGCAUUAUUGAUAGCGGGCUUUGCCUUUUACCAGAUGUGACUUGGGUAAGCUUUCAUGCAGGAUACGAUUUUGGCUUUUUGAUCUCCUUGCUCAUGAACAAAGAAAUGCCUUCUAGCCAACAAAGAUUUUCGCAAUGGGCUUCUACAUAUUUUCCAACGUUCUACGAUAUCAAACUUAUUUCAAUUGCAAAAGUUAUCGGAAAUGGAAAUAUUUACAAGGAUCGUUUUUCUUUGGAAGAUCUUGCUCAGUUGCUUGGAAUUCAUGAAGCGGACUUUAAUCUCCUGCAAGUUGGAGAGCAAUCAAUUAUAAUACAAUUAUGCUUCAAUGUACUGCGCCAUCUGCUAGGUAACGAUAUUUUGGUUUCUUGUAAGAAUCGAAUCUGGGGAUUGACUGAUGAUGUCUCCACAAGUAUUUCUGAAAGCAAUGUUAAGAUAAACACUUCUUUGAAUUCGCAGGAGCAAAGUGGUGGGUCAUCUCUACAGACACCACUUCAGUCUUUGCAAACGCUUCUUCAACAAAAGCAGCAAGAACAUAUUCCAAUAGAUGGGAGUCAACAAAUGAGAAAACUGCUUCAAUCGCAAGGACUGCUUCUUAAUCAUGGAAACAAUGCCAAUGAUCCUAAUCUAUCGAAUUCAAUACCAUCUGCACAGCAAGACAUGCUGUCACCCCCAAACGUUCCACCACCUGGAAUUUUAGUUGAUCAGAAAGGUAUAUUAUCACCGGCUAUGACAUAUUAUAAUGCAGUUUAG